AUGGCUCCAUCAAUCCGCUCCUUCCGCUCCUUUCGCUCCGCCACUCAACAAGCGACGCAUCAGUCGAACCGAAGCGGCGAUGCCUCCCCAACUCUGACAGCGACAACCUCCGCUUCGUUCCUCGAUCUCGGCGCCGAAGGACCAGCACUGAUCAUCAAUCGAGCCGAUUUGAGGGCUUCGGUCGCGGCGUAUGAGAAUCUGUUGGCUGCUGCCAAGGCGUAUAGGAAUGCCAUGUUGGCGCUUAGUGCGGGUCAGUCGUCCAGCGACUUCAGACGCGCUAUCGUUUCCGUCAAUCUCCGAGCUGAUCUCGACGGCGGUCGUUCAUUGGUCGACAACGUGGGGCAUGACUCUUCAUGCAGCCUCGACCGGUUUCGCACAUGCUUUGGAGGAAUGCGCACGCGUCAAAGGUGCUGGCACGAGUGGCGAACAGCUCCUUGCUGCGAGUGGGAUGCAAUACCUCGUCGCUAGUUCGGGGCAGAUUCUCGUCAGUUGCGGUUCUCUCGCUUCGAUCGAACGCGUGCGCGACUUCAACUUUGGAGGUCGAGCUAAUGCUCACUUGGGUGAUUCUGCUACAGAGCGACACCUUGUAUCGAUCGUUCGAGAUCCCAUUGCUCCACGCGUACGACACGUACGUCGCGACCGUCUCGGCGCGUCACAGCGAAUACGAAGCCCUCUUGGCCGAAAAGACCGCCGCGAUCCGCCAGACCGAGAUGGAGAACAUGAAGCAGGGCAGGAAAAAGGUGGGGAGGCGAAUGAUUCCGGCUACUCUCUCUGGAGAGGCACGCUGAUAACUUCUACGAAGUCUUCCCACAGAACCGUGAUCUGGCGCAGUUCCGGAAAGCGCUCGAGAGGUUGCAAGAACAAGUGAUGCAAGUCGAGGUGUGCAAGCGGAGCUAUUACGGCGAAGUUUUGGAGCACGAAACGGAGACGUGGCAUUCCAUUUCGGGCAAGAUUGCGCUUGUGCUACGUUCGACCGUUGAUCUUUCGGAUCGGCUCGCGACGAAGGGCACGAGUGAUCCGGUGCUUGAGGCGAUGAUGAAUGAGCAUCCGGAUCCUUUCAAUGUCUACAAAGCGCAUGAUGAACCGCCCAGGGAUAUAUUUACCGUCUUGCCACCAUUGGGCAUGAACCUUGGUUUGGGAGGGAGCAAGAGGAGCAGCAUCUCGAUCGAUGACGAGGAUGACAACCGAACGCAGAACGAUCUACCGAGACCCGGGUCAAGUCGAGCGACGUCGAGGGAGGAUAGUACGACGACGCCCAAAGCGGGGAGUAGGAAGACGACUAUUUCAACGAGCGUUUCGGUUGCUGAUGCGUUGGGUUUGGAUGACACGCCGACCAAGGCAUCACCGAGGGGUGGGGGGAGGGGGGAGGAUUCGUCGGAGGGACAACGGGAGAAGACCUCGACGCCUCGACGAGGGGCGUUCCGAAGGAUCGAGUCGUCGCAUUCGAGAGAUUCGAGUGAUGGGGCCUCGCCUAAGCCUUCGUCGUCGUUGAGACCUGUUUCCAAUAGGAGGGAUAACGGCGAGGAGAAAGACGACGAGGAGGAAGAGGAUCUCGACUCUCCACCUCACGACUCGUCACCGCUAACAGGCACAUCGAACGACAUCUCUUCGACGCACCAUCACCAACGAACGAGUUCCCAAAGCUCUUCUUCAACAGGAGGAGGUCCAAAUAAAUCUAAGCACACCACCCACACACCUCUAAUAUCCCCUCGCAAAGCGCGCCACUCAAACCACCAAGGAGGAAGAAGGCAAGGUGAACUUUCCUGCGUCACCGAAGCAGAUGCCCCACCUGAUCCCAUGUCAGGUGAUUGGGGGGCACCAGUUUACGGGAAGAGUUUGAGCCCGGUGAUGAAUGGGACGGGAGGGGGUUAUGACUCGGGGGAGGAGGAGACCGUUUGGGGCGGUCAGAGGUCCGGGGUUUGA